AACUUGUGACGCCCUGGCCCGCUUUGGUCACGCGGUCAAUGACAUCACCAGAAGCGUUCCGGGCGCAGAUGUGUACAACACAUGUAACAUCACUGGCUCUCUGCGAGCACGAGGGCUUUACAUUCACCGUCACACUGCGAGUGGACCUGAGAGAAACCGGGACGGUCAUUCUCAAGUACUGUACAACCAACACCUCUGGACAAAACUGUUUUAGGAACAGGGUGUCUCCGAUGAAGCUAACAGUAGUUAGCUUAGCUAGCAUAGUCGGUGAACUGUUACCGUCGCUGUUCAGUGGCUAAGGUUCAACCUUAUCCAACUCGGAACAAACAAUUCAGGCGGGUGAAGCUACAGCUAAAUCCAAGGACGGACUUUGGACUCCACAAGGGUAACACUUCACUCUUGCUAGCUGGCAAAGAGGGGCACGCCGACAGUAGAGUGCUGGUUUAGUAGCCACUUCGACUUCCUUGUGUCGUUCGAGGUCAUUCUGUAGCGUGCAUCUAAGACUGCCAACUAUUACCGGGAAACUAGUCAUGAAGAGUCUCCCGUACUUCUGCCGGGGAGAGGUCAUCAGAGGCUUCGGGAGAGGAAGCAAAGAACUGGGGAUUCCCACAGCCAACUUCCCAGACUCGGUGGUGGACAACCUUCCGGGAGAUAUCAGCACAGGAAUCUACUAUGGCUGGGCCUGCGUGGGUAAUGGCAAUGUCCACAAAAUGGUGAUGAGCAUUGGCUGGAACCCUUACUACAAAAAUACCAAGAAGUCCAUGGAGACCCAUGUGAUUCACACGUUCAAAGAGGACUUUUAUGGUGAGAUUCUCAGUGUUGUCAUGGUGGGCUACAUCCGUCCAGAGAGAAGCUACGACUCUCUCGAAGCCCUCAUUGCAGCCAUCAACAAUGACAUUGAGGAGGCCAAGGUCAAGCUGGAGCUUCCAGAGCAUCUCAAACUGAGAGACGACAACUUCUUCACCAGUGCUCCCAGCUCAUCUUCAGCCCUGCCCACCACCACAGUAUCUACGUCACAGACUAUUAUGAAUGGUCACUGACAGGUGGCUGUGACUGCAGCACUUUACACACACACACACACACACACACACCAGAAUAACACGGAGAUUUCUGUAUACACACAGGUUUGUGCAUUUGUACUCAUUAAAAUACACCACCUCAUUCUGCGAUCUCUCAGCUGUCGCCAUGGCCACGUGUAGACAUAAUCAUAAACGACCCAUCAUUUUUUAAUUGUAUUUUUCUUUUGCUUUGUCAAUGUUUCUGUGUUUAAUGUUUGGUUUGUUGCAGACAGUCACUUAAUAGAUGAUAUUCAUUCGUGUAUAUUCACACCAGAUUGCUGUAUGCAGCUCUUGGAUAUCACUGCUUCUGCUGUAUAUUUGGAAUGUUUUAUGUGAGAAGGUACCUAAAAAAAAAAAAAAAGAACACAGAUCUUUGGACUAGGGUGACCAGAAAAUACUAGCAGUUUUGUAAUAAUCUGUAUUUAAGGAAGAACACAAAUAUACAUCAUAAACUCAACUCUUUGAACCCUAUCUAGCCAUGGUCAUAAAUACGUCACUUACUCUGUCUUUUUCUGUUGAGAUUCGUUUGUGUGUCAGAUGUUUAAGAGGGAAAGUCUGAGCAUUAUUAUCUGUAACAAAAACACGGGUCGCACAGUUAGAUGACUUUAUGCAAUGAUGUGGCUAAAUGCAAGGCAUCUGUGUGAAGACAGGGAGAUUAAAUAAUGAUGUUGUAUGUUUGUUAUGUUUGUGGUGUUAUGUGUGUGUUACAAGCUAAAGGGUGUUAAAAAUAUCCUUGCUUUCAUCUCUCAAUUUCUUUUUGACAAGAUGUCUUUCCUUUCCAAGGUGAUACAAGCCUUGUAAUGUUCACCACUGCCCUAGAAAUGAAUGGCCCUUUUACAUUGAACCGGAGAUUGGAUUGGAGGUUUUUGCUGCUUUAUGCAGGAAAAAAAAAUCUGAAUAUCUUGUAAACUUGAAUUAUUGAAUAACCAGCAGCAUAGUUAUUUAUUAAAGGAAAAGUGUACAAAAACAUGUUUUAAGCAUAGACUUUUUAAAUAAUUUCAACAUAUUCAGAUGAUGAGAUGAUCUGAGGAACACUAAGGCUAAAGAAGCAAGUAAGUUCUUAUGCAUGUCGGUGAAGUUUUUGCCCAGUUUUUUCUCACUGCAGCAUGCCUGAUGCUCAGACCUACAGUUUAUUAGUCUCUGUGGGUUUGUUACAGAUAUUAAAACAUUGAUACGUGAGAUGAGAUGAAGAAGAAUAACGUCCAAAGCUCCUCUUCCCUUCUCGGAUCAUUGCAGAGGGCAGCAGUCUUUGAAGUGUUGAACUCAAAUUUGUACCACACAAAUGUGAAAGGAUGGUCAAGUCUGAACAGAAAAAUCUACAAUAUGCAUACAAUACUUUACAUCAGUAUACUUUAAUCAUUUUUACAAAUACAUUCAAAAACUGUUGCCAAAAUCCUGUAAGAGGAGUAGCUCUUUACACUGCUUUUAGAUCUUUGUGUGCGCGCGCCUGCACCUGUUAAGCUUUUACAAAGGAAAUGACCAGCAGUCAAACAUUUAACUAAGUGUAUACAAUUUUUUGAACCCCUGUAAAAAAAUAGUUUUAAAUGAAUGACAUGUAUGAGUUAAGCUAUGUCAUUUAGGAUUUUCAGUCUUUACUGUAUUUUAGUUUAUUAAAGUGUUAUUUAGGAAGUAAAAGAUAUGACUGAAUUUUAUGAAUGUUGAUAUUUGUCAUGCAACAGUAGCUGUGAUCCUUUCACAGGCAGAGUGCAGCAGAAAAUUUCUCAGUCCGGUGGUUUUUGUAUGUUUCAUUUUAAUCAGUUUAGUUUCUUUACUAAAGCUGGAAAAUUGUCAGCUGAAAGCACGAAAAAACCAAUACUGGAAGCAGUACCUCAUUGCAAUUAUGUUGACAAAUUAACUGUUAACUGUUUCCUGUUGUAUACUAUGUGAUCCACUAUGUUCAUCCUCUAAAGCACUUAAUCUACAGAAUGGCUCUCACUGUAAUUUCAAAUUGUAAUGUGCUGCUUCUUCAAACCUAUCAAAGAUUUUAAGGGAAGUUUUUAUAACCCUAACACAAAUGUUUUCCAGGCUGUUGGAAGUAUUUAUUCUAGUUAACACAGGGACCAGGUUUACUGCAUAUAGAGUUAAUGGCUCAACAACUCCUUUAUGUUUUCAUUCAUGUGUUUUUAUA